AUGAGAGACAACAAAAAAGGAUAUUUAAUCCUAACCUUUUUCUUAGGAUUGGCUGGUGUGAUUUUGAUGGUUGUGGCAUUUGCAACUGAAAAUUGGAUUGUUGCACACCCAGUUAAAAAUCAUACAAUAUCUGAUGUGAACAAUAACACCGAUGACGCUAGUGCUGACUUUCCCAAAUAUACUGGAAUAAUAACACUUGGUUUAUUCAAAGGUCAGAGAACACUUAACUAUGGAUUUGGGGAUAGAUCUCUAGAUAUUUAUGUUCAACAAUUAAAUGAUGAUGGCCUAUCACAUUUUGGACUGUGGGUCAGUACUAUAGUUAUGUUAUCAUUAGGUAUUGUAUGGGGUCUGAUAGCUAUAGGCUUUACAGUUUAUAAUAUAUUUGGUAAACCUAUAGAAACAGUCACUGGUGAAAUGGGAUUAUAUCUAUGGAAUGGAUUGUCAUGUACCUUUUCAUUGCUGGCUGUCUUUAUCUACGUUGGUUUAUACAUCAACAAUUUAUCAGUCAACCUGUUUUCAGCUGAUGAUGUAAAAGCAGGGUGGACGAACAAAGACAACACAGAUUUUGGUAUAUCUUUUUAUUUUUUAGUGGGAGCCGUUGGAGCAUUUUUAAUCAAUAAUAUAUUACUGUGUAUGUCAGGUCAGAAAUGUUGGUGUAGUUAUUCUAGAGCCGGAGAGAAAGAAAUUGAUAAUGGUAUGAUUCUAUAUUAAAGGAAUACAAUUGUUGAAUUUUAAAUUGAUUUGAGGUAGAACAGAUUUAAAGGGAUAUGGUCAUUUAAAGGAAUACUAUGUCUUAGAUUAGAAUGAACAUAAAAUUUAAGAAUUUUAAACUUGGCCAAUAAGAGCAUAUAUUCAUCAGUAGAUAUACCUGGUGUCAUAAAUAACAUAAC